AUGGAGAAGAUCCUUGGUGAUCCCCCGAACAGACGUGCAGUCAACGCCUGCCUACGAUGUCGUCAACACAAGAUAAAGUGUACUGGCGAGCAUCCAUGUAGGAAUUGCAAGCGCAGGAAAGCAAAGUGCAUAUUCGAGGGCGACGAAAAUAAGAUCCAGAUUACGAAGAAGCACCUGGCGGAAUUGAGACGCAGGACGGCGGAGCUCGAGAGAGAGAACCGAGACUUGCAGCAACGCUUGGCGAGCAGUUCUAGAAAGACCCCGGUAAUGGAUUCCGUGGACCACAGCGGCGGCCUGGUGGAUGGACAGGCAAAUACCUGCAAUGGUUAUGUGUCCCCGAUCUCCAGAUCUGGGUUGGAAGGUCCAGCAAUACUCAACCCAUUUUCUACGGGGCCGCCCAAAUACGUGCGAGAUUUGGCAGGCAAUCCACAUUACUUGGGACACACAUCAAAUUGGUCCUUGACAAUCCGCCUCCUUCAUCUCACCAACCAAGCCUGUCGUAGCUGUCCCUUUCCCAGUGCGGCUCAGCACACAGAUGCCACAACAUAUGAUUUAGGAUGGAGUGGCCUGCGGACAACUGUCAUUCCGGAUAUGAGAGAGCUUCCUUCGCUGGAUUACGCUCUCUUCCUGACCAACGCCGUGAAGUUCCAUACUGGCCAGAUAUUCCAUCUUUUCGAUGAAUCGGCCUUCCUAGAUCAGUUGCACCACUUCUACGAGAAUCCAGCCGAGAAGGUUCACACAACGGGUGUAUGGUUUAUCCACUUCAGCGUCAUAAUGGCUCUCGGGAAAGCUUUCACUGGAACAAAACGUCGCGGCAGGGUCCCACCAGGGGCCAAUCUAUUCAUGAUGGCUUUCAUGAUGCUCCCAGAUUACUGUUACUUAUGGAGAGAUCCGAGUACAUCGGCGGAGUUGUUUUGCUCAAUGGCCUUGUACCUACAGUCCAUUGAUUGGAGAACUCCUGCGUAUGACAUGAUUGGAAGAGCGUUGCGAAUGCUACUAGUCCAUGGGUACCAUACCAACAUCCCCUCGGGAACAUUGGAUGAACGCGAAACCCAACGGUCUCGGAAUGUGUGGUGGACGGUUUUCAUCCUUGAGCGUCAGUUUACAGUUCUGAUGGGGGUGCCACUGGGGAUCAACGACGACGAGAUCAGUACGCCGCUACCCGCGUAUCCAGACUCUCACCCCACGAGUACCACGAUGACUAUGCAUGUCAAGUUAUCUCAGGCAUUUGGUCAAGUGAUGGAUACUCUCUAUCGGAAGGACCGCCAGAUGGAUUCUAAUUUGGUCAGGAGCACACAAAGAGUGCUUCGAAGUGUUGCGAAUGUUGCCCCAGAGCUCGCCAGCUAUUUCCCAGUGCCCGAGAAGGGAUCAGUGAACGGCAUUUCACGUGUUUCGGGAUAUCUGAAUAUUCUGUACCAACAGUGUAUCAUGUUGGCAACUCGCCCAUUUCUUUUCAGCCUCCUCGAAAAGCAACUUGAGUGUGCAGAUAUUGCGACGCCGAUUCCGGCGGCUAUGAAGCUACUCUUGCAAAUGUGUCUCGAAUCUGCAAAGAGAACAAUUGAUAUACUGCGUGCCUUUCAAGACCAGAGCUUACUUGAGAUAUUUCUACCAUUCGAUCUGGAUAGCGCUGUCUCUGCUGGCCUGGUGAUAUAUAUGGCCACCCUUGCAAACUUCAACUCAACCGAGGACUACUCGUAUCUGCGAGAUACGCUAUUUGACAUACUAGACCAUUUUAUUAGCGAGGGAAACCUCGUCGCUGUGGAUCACAAGAUGGCACUGCAACAGUUAGAAAAAUUCUUAACGGAUUCGCACGCACCAAUGAACGAUGGCAACCAUUGGCUUCAGCUUGCAGAUGCCGAAAUCAUGGCGCGAGAACACUUGAGCUGUAGUGAGAUAAUUUGUACAAAUGGAGCUGUUCAGUCCGAUGGAGCUGCCUCAGGCAUUGAGGGUGUGAAUGCAGGUAUGAUGGCCGGUUCUUCGGGGCUAGUGGAUCCACAUGAAUGGGAACAAGAGUUGAUCCCAGCACAGCUGAUGACGGUAGUAGAUAUGUUGGACGGGUGUAGUGUGCUGAACUGGGCGACAUUUCCAGAUAGUCCCAGUACACUGGAUGGGCAAGAGGACGGCAUCAAUUAUUGAGUUAGGUUGAAUACGUUACGUGGCAAUUGAAGUCUGCUGCUAAUGUAC